ACCCACCGGCGCUUCUUUCAUAGGCGGAGUGGUAGUGCGGAGAGAAGAAGGGAGUACUGCAGCAGCCGGCAAAGUCGCGGAGGGAGAUCAGAUCCUUAAAAAAACGGAGCAGUGCGGCUUCUUAGUUUUACCGGUCUUUUACCGCAACUAUCUGAGAACAAGAGAAGGACCCGCAUCCUCGCGUGAUGCUCUGCUUGAGACCGCAACAUUUCAUUUGAAAGACACUUAGGUGGAUGGGGGAAAGACUGUAACCUUUAGCAGGCAAUACAUUUUGAUAUAAUUCCACCUGAGGGGCUGACACCUCUCAAGCUUUGCAUCACCUGAGGAGAGAAGCCUGACUGCGCAAUCAUGGGGUAUGGGCGGUCGGACAGUUACCGGGUUGCUACAACGCAGGAUAAAGAUGGCAAGUCUCCGGACAAGAAGAGCAAAAAGACGAAGGAUAUGGACGAACUGAAGAAAGAAGUACCCAUUACGGAACAUAAGAUGUCCAUAGAGGAGUGCUGCAGGAAGUUCAACACAGACAUUGUCCAAGGUCUGACCAAUGCCAAGGCGGCGGAGUAUUUGAUCAGGGACGGUCCCAAUUGUCUCACCCCUCCCCCGACCACCCCCGAGUGGGUGAAGUUCUGUCGCCAGCUGUUCGGCGGCUUCUCCAUCCUGCUGUGGACUGGCGCCAUCCUCUGUUUCCUGGCCUACGCCAUCCAGGCCGCCACCGAGGACGAGCCUGCGGGGGACAACUUGUACCUGGGCAUCGUGCUCUCUGUGGUAGUCAUCGUUACUGGCUGCUUCUCCUACUUCCAGGAGGCCAAGAGCUCCAAAAUCAUGGAGUCCUUUAAAAACAUGGUGCCUCAGCAAGCGCUGGUGAUCCGUGAGGGCGAGAAAAUGACGAUCAAUGCAGAGGAGGUGGUAGCAGGAGACUUGGUGGAGGUGAAGGGAGGAGACAGGAUCCCCGCUGACCUCAGGGUCGUUUCUGCUCACGGCUGCAAGGUAGAUAACUCUUCCCUGACUGGCGAAUCAGAACCCCAGAGCAGGUCACCUGACUGUACCCAUGACAACCCCCUGGAGACCCGCAACGUUGCAUUCUUUUCUACCAACUGUGUUGAAGGUACGGCACGUGGCAUUGUGGUGUGCACCGGCGACCGAACUGUCAUGGGCCGCAUCGCCACCCUCACCUCCGGUCUGGAGUCAGGAAAGACCCCCAUCGCCAAGGAGAUUGAGCACUUCAUCCACCUGAUCACGGGCGUGGCCGUGUUCCUGGGAAUCACCUUCUUCAUCCUGGCCGUGUUCCUGGGAUACAGCUGGCUGGAGGCCGUCAUCUUCCUCAUCGGCAUCAUUGUGGCUAAUGUCCCAGAGGGCCUGCUGGCCACCGUCACUGUCUGUCUGACACUCACUGCCAAGCGGAUGGCUAAGAAGAACUGCCUGGUGAAGAAUCUGGAAGCCGUGGAGACCCUGGGCUCCACCUCCACCAUCUGCUCCGACAAGACCGGGACCCUGACCCAGAACAGGAUGACCGUUGCCCACAUGUGGUUCGACAACCAGAUCCACGAGGCCGACACCACGGAGGACCAGUCUGGGGCCUCCUUCGACAAGACCUCAAUAACAUGGGGCGCCCUGGCUCGCGUCGCAGCGCUGUGCAACCGCGCCGUCUUCAAGGCCGGCCAGGAUCAACUGCCAAUCCUGAAGAGGGACACAGCGGGUGACGCCUCUGAGUCGGCCCUGCUCAAGUGCAUCGAGCUGUCCUGCGGCUCAGUCAAACAGAUACGAGAGAAGAACAAGAAGGUGGCUGAGAUCCCGUUCAACUCCACCAACAAGUACCAGCUUUCUGUCCACGAGACAGAGGAUCCCAAUGACAACCGCUACCUGCUGGUGAUGAAGGGGGCGCCGGAGAGGAUCCUGGACCGUUGCAGUACCAUCAUCAUCCAGGGCAAAGAGCAACCCAUGGACGAGGAGAUGAAGGAGUCCUUCCAGAACGCCUACAUGGAGCUGGGGGGCCUGGGAGAGAGAGUACUCGGUUUCUGCCACCUUCUGAUGCCAGAGGACCAGUACCCCAAAGGGUUCGCCUUCGACUGUGACGACGUCAACUUCACCACGGAGAACCUGUGCUUCGUGGGCCUCAUGUCCAUGAUCGACCCUCCCCGUGCCGCCGUGCCCGAUGCUGUGGGCAAAUGCCGUUCCGCCGGCAUCAAGGUCAUCAUGGUGACCGGUGAUCAUCCAAUCACUGCCAAGGCCAUCGCCAAGGGCGUGGGCAUCAUCUCAGAGGGCAACGAGACGGUAGAGGACAUCGCUUCUCGCCUCAACAUCCCCGUUAGCCAGGUCAACCCCAGGGAUGCCAAGGCCUGUGUGAUCCAUGGUACUGACCUGAAGGACCUUUCUCAGGACCAAAUGGACGACAUCCUGAGGAACCACACAGAGAUUGUGUUCGCCAGGACCUCCCCCCAGCAGAAACUCAUUAUUGUAGAGGGCUGCCAGCGACUGGGCGCCAUCGUGGCUGUGACUGGUGACGGCGUGAACGACUCCCCCGCCCUGAAGAAAGCUGACAUCGGCGUCGCCAUGGGGAUCUCCGGCUCUGACGUGUCCAAACAGGCUGCCGACAUGAUCCUGCUGGACGACAACUUUGCCUCCAUCGUCACUGGCGUGGAAGAGGGCCGUUUGAUCUUUGACAACCUGAAGAAGUCCAUUGCCUACACCCUGACCAGCAACAUCCCUGAGAUCACACCCUUCCUCCUCUUCAUCAUCGUCAACAUCCCCCUGCCUCUCGGGACCAUCACCAUCCUCUGCAUCGACUUGGGAACUGACAUGGUGCCUGCCAUCUCCCUGGCCUACGAGGCAGCUGAGAGUGACAUCAUGAAGCGUCAGCCCAGGAACCCCACCAGGGACAAGCUGGUAAACGAGAGGCUCAUCAGCAUCGCCUACGGACAGAUCGGUAUGAUCCAGGCUCUGGGAGGUUUCUUCUCCUACUUUGUGAUCUUGGCUGAGAACGGCUUCCUGCCCUCAAUCCUGGUGGGAAUCAGGCUCAACUGGGAUGACCGCUCCUGCAACGACCUGGAGGACAGCUAUGGCCAGCAGUGGACAUAUGAGCAGAGGAAGAUCGUGGAGUUCACCUGUCACACAGCCUUCUUCGUCAGCAUCGUGGUGGUGCAGUGGGCCGAUGUCAUCAUCUGCAAGACCAGGCGCAACUCCGUGUUCCAGCAGGGCAUGAAGAAUAAGAUCCUGAUCUUUGGUCUGUUUGAGGAGACGGCCCUGGCUGCCUUCUUGUCCUACACCCCAGGCAUGGACGUGGCGCUCAGGAUGUUCCCCCUAAAGCCCAGCUGGUGGUUCUGUGCUGUCCCCUAUAGUGUCCUCAUCUUUGUGUAUGAUGAGAUCCGAAAACUGCUCAUCCGUCGGAAUCCAGGAGGUUGGGUGGAAAGGGAGACGUACUACUGAGAUGGAAACCGUCACUCCAACUCCUACAUCUUCCAUUUGUUUCUCCCUUCGUCACUCCGCCCCCGGCCAGACACGCCUUCAGACGCCCCACCCCCUCAAAGACAACAACCGCUUCCAAGCAAUUCUCAUCAUAACUGCCCCAAAGAUCCAAAAACAGCCAAGCACCUUUUACAAAAUUCGACAUCAAGCCCCGCCCUCCACAUCUCCUAUGAUACUCUUUGCAUGUGUUUUCUCACGGCUGUGUACAUAAACCAGUAUAUCUAAGGAACGGCAGCUGCAUAUUGUGUAUGUAGAUUUGAAUGAGCUAAGAUGCAAAGGGAGUGUCUACGCUCAGCUAAAACGGGCCAGCCUGCUCCUCCUUCACCUGCCCCCCCUCUCUCAACAUCUCCGUUCCACCUCCUCUUCCUCACCCCUGCAACCCCUUAGCUUGUCCUCCGA